AUGCACAUCUAUGAACUCUCUGUGAGGCUCGCGAGAAAGGGGUUUAAAGUUGUUGUUGUAACGCAUGCAAUCGAUGGACGCCACGGAAUUCGGUAUUUAACUGAAGGCAUUAAAGUUUAUUAUCUCCCGAUCACUUGCUUUCACGACAGAAGUACUCUCGUUACUUUCUUCACAACUUUGCCUCUCAUCAGGACGAUAUUGAUUCGGGAGAAAGUGGAUAUUGUGCACGGCCACCAAACGACCAGCACACUCGCACAUGAAUCCAUGUUUCACGCCAGACAUCUAGGAUACCGCGUGGUAUAUACAGACCAUUCAAUGUUUAGCUUUGCAGAUGCUGCUUGCAUUCACAUGAACAAGAUAUUCAAGUUCUUCUUAACGCACUGCAACCACUGCAUUUGCGUCUCGCACACACACAAAGAAAACCUUGUGCUCAGAGGCGCCUUAAAUCCUCACCAGAUCGCCGUCAUCAACAAUGCAGUGGAUGUACCCUCAUACGUCCCUGAUCUGUCGAAGAGGCCGAAGCCUCCUGCAAUAAAUAUUCUCAUUCUUUCUCGAGCUAUUCCUCAUGGACAGGCCUGUUCAUUUCUACAGCGGGGGCAAAUAUUUCUGAAUGCGUCGCUGACAGAGUCCUUUUGUAUUGCGAUUGUGGAGGCUGCUGCCUGCGGGCUUGUUGUCGUUUCAACCGACGUCGGCGGCAUUCCCGAGGUGCUGCCUCCUGAUAUGGUGCGCUUAGCCUCUCCUAAUCCCGCUGCUCUGACGUUGAAACUAGAAGAGGCAAUUCAACAAGUUGAAAGAGGCGAUGUCGACCCGCAUGCAUUGCACCAAAGAGUACUUGAAAUGUACUCAUGGGAAGACGUUGCCGACCGGGUGGAACAGGUGUAUUUCAGCGCUCUUUUCGACCUGCCGAUGUCUGCAAAUCUUCGAAAAGGAAUUUCCUUGUCUAAUGUCCCACUGCCGCCUCACCCGCCGCCCCUUCCUACCUCCCAAGAAGCUGUUCAAGUCCUGAGGGCUCUGAACAGAUGCGGCCCUUUUUCGGGGAAGUUCUUCGCUCUCGUCGCGAUUGUAGACUGGUGUUUAGUUCGCUUUGUUGAGUGGCUCUUUCCAAGGGAGUCCAUUGAGGAGGCGGCGUCUUUUCCGAGCGACGUCCUUUAUUCGGUGAAAACAAAUUUGCCGUCUCCGCUUUGA